AUGAAACCUUGUUAAUGUCCUACUACAGGAAAUGAUACAUUUCCAUUUAUGACUCCUUUAUCUAGUACUUUAUCAGUUUCUCAGGAAAUUGAUGAAGAGAAUAUUUCAUCAAAUAUAGAAGUUAAAUGCCCUACUUCUUAUAAAAUAAUAGAAGAAGCUGAUUUGUAAGCUAUAAUAGAUUAUAGCGAUAAACAAAAUUUAUUUAUCAACCAUCUAAAUUUAUCAAUUAGUUCAGGAACAACAUAAAUUGUGUGCACAAACACAAAAAAAAUACCUGUAAUAGCAAACGGAGGCUAGUCAACUGAUUGGGAAUUUUAAUGCACAAAAUUAGAUUCUAAUUAUAAUGGCACAAUAAGUGCUUUAAAUACUUACUGGGAAUAAAGUCCUAUAUUAACUAUAUGCAAGAAAAUAGAUACUACAAACAUUAAUGUUUAAUUUUCAGGAUAUAAUGGAUAUGAUUUAAUUGAAGGAUAUAAAUAUAAAUUUGGCAUUUAAAAUAUUAAAAAUGCACUAAAAUAUUAUAUUGAAGAUGAUAGUGGAAAUUAUACUACUGACUAAAAUUUCAGCUUUAUAGCAACUAAAACACAUUAAUAUGGUUGCUCUUACAUAAAAGUGAAAAUUUUACUUUUUGGAAAUUUUAUAAAAAAUCAAUGUCUAAUUAUUUGGGUAAGUCCUUAAUAUGGAUCUAAUUAAGAUACUAAUUUGACUUAUAGUUAAAUAAUAAAAGUAAGAUUGACUGGUAUUUAAUCUACUUUUAGUAGAGGCUUACAUUUUACUCCUAGUUGUUUUUCAUUAAGUCCUUUAUUGAAUGAAAAUACUUCUUGGGCUUUCUAUUAAGAUAAUACAAGUAAAAACCUAAUGGUUUAGAAAAUUAAUGCUGAUGGAACUUUAAAUGGAAGUAGUAUUAAUAUAAAUUAAUAAGGAUAACCUAUGGAUAUUACAUCUCUACCUAAUGGAGGAUUUGCUAUAUUGGCUAAAAAUGGAGAUAAGUGCUGGAUAGCCUCUUAUGAUAAUAAUGGAACAUAAGAAUGGAAUAUAAUUCUUCAUGAUAAUGGAGACAAUCCGACAGUUGUAAGAUAGUAGAUUACUUUUUUGAAUGCAUAAGGAAAAUAACCUUGGGGAAUGGAAAUUAUGUAUAAACCUUAUAAUGGCAAAUUAUUAUAUGCUAGAGGAAGAAUAUUUAUUACAUGGGCCUAUUAUAAUCAUUUCGGCUUAUAUUCUAAUGGAGGUAGAAAUGAUCAUACGGGUUCUUCAAUGUUUUCUGUGGAUUAUACUACAGGCGAUUAGAGAUUGCUUUAUUUUUCAUUUAGCCCUUCACAUUCUUUAAAUUAAGAGCUUUAUUACGAUGGUAGGUUUGUUUAUUUUGGAUCUUUAGGUGACGCUUAUCCUUAGAAUAUUAAAAUAAGGUAAUGUGAAACUUACGUUGCAAAAUGUUAUGAUUUUUCUGACAAUAAAGACUUAGUAAAUGAUAAUGGAAUUCCUUCUAACGGAACUGGAAAAGCAGGAGGUAGAUUUGGAGGAAUAACUAAAAAAUUUGGUAUUAAUUAAAAAUGGAUACUUUUCUAAAGGAAAGAAUAAGAAACUGUUUCUACUAGCUUAAAUAAAUUAUAUAAUCCUAUAAAUGAAUUAUCUUUAUAAUUGAUAGAACCUAUAAUUACUGAUAAAGGAAUUGAAAUGAAUAAAGUUAAUAAAGUUUAAUUAUUAACGGGAGAUUUAGGAAAAAGAGCAAAUGUUAUUAAAAGUGUUAAUUAUGGAAAAAAUAUCCUUAUUUUAUUUAGUUUAGUAAGUACAGGUGGUGAUAGAACUACUUUUAAUAAUGAUAUAACUUUAGAUACAGAUGAAUGCCUUAUAAUGUUAAUCAAUUCAAAUGAUGGUUCUAAAAUACUUCAAGAAACUAAAAUAACUGAUAUUAUUUCGGCUAAUGAUUUAAUGAGAAUCCUUUAAGAUGGAAGAGUCGCUUAUACUUAAGUUAAUAAAGAUAAUUCUGUUGAUUAUUUUUAUACUCCUGCUCCUAUAGCAAAUGUUUAUCCUGAUAUUAUUAUUUCAGUUGAUCCUAAUUAUGGAAGCAUAACUACUUAAAUAAAAGAUAGUACUAACCCUGGAGGAGGUACUAACACUGGGGGAGGUACUAACACUGGAGGAGGCACUAACACUGGGGGAGGUACUAACACUGGAGGAGGUACUAACACUGGAGGAGGUACAAACACUGGAGGAGGUACAAACACUGGAGGAGGUACUAACACUGGAGGAGGUACUAACACUGGGGGAGGUACUAACAAUGGGGGAGGUACUAACACUGGAGGAGGUACUAACAAUGGGGGAGGUACUAACACUGGAGGAGGUACUAACACUGGGGGAGGUACUAACAAUGGGGGAGGUACUAACACUGGAGGAGGUACUAACACUGGGGGAGGUACUAACACUGGAGGAGGUACUAACACUGGAGGAGGUACUAACACUGGGGGAGGUACUAACAAUGGGGGAGGUACUAACACUGGAGGAGGUACUAACACUGGGGGAGGUACUAACACUGGGGGAGGUACUAACAAUGGGGGAGGUACUAACACUGGAGGAGGUACUAACACUGGGGGAGGUACUAACACUGGAGGAGGUACUAACACUGGAGGAGGUACUAACACUGGAGGAGGUACAAACACUGGGGGAGGUACAAACACUGGGGGAGGGACUAACAUUGGAAAUAGUAAUUUGGUAGGAUUGUUUUCAAUCGUUUAAAAUGGAAAAACUUCAGAUUAUAAUAUUGUAAAAUUAUUAUUUUUAUGA